AAGUUAGAGCACUGCAUUUCGAUACUCAAAUCGUGUCUCGCAGUUAUACCCACUGUUAUCGGAGAAAAAUGGCGGCGUGGAGUAGUGUUUUGCGUACCACAGCUCGAAAAUUGUUAACAAACAACGGUUUUAGAACGGCACUGUCGAAAACAGAGCAAGUAAGAUGUAUGUCGGAAGAGCGGACGAUGGUCAUACAACCUAGCCGCUUCCAGUGGCACAUAUUGAAGAAUUGGCUUCAUUUUUACUUCAUGCUCGGUGCCAUUCCCAUAGGCCUCAUCAUCACUUAUGUUAAUGUGUUUAUCGGUCCUGCCACACUUGAGGAGAUCCCGGAGGGUUACAUCCCGAAAGAAUGGGAGUACCAUCAGCAUCCCAUUAAGAGAUUCUUUCAACGGUACAUAUUCCCAUCGCCACAGCAGGAAUAUGAAAAGUAUCUGCACCACAUGUACACCGAAUAUCAACUUAUGAAAGUGCGGAAACUUGAGAAGCAGGUAGAACAGGCGAUGGCAGCGAAUAAAGAUUACAGGAGCAGCAACUACUUCCGAGAGAUAUAUGGUUCCAAGUAUCUGUACCAAUACAGAGACCUUAAUACGUUAAGGCCCUACGAGUUGAAACGAGAAAACCAAGAUUGAUCAUUUCCUUCGCGUUUUCGUUAAGAAAAUAUCGAGCGGGACGAAGGAACGUUAUUCGACGAAGUGCAGAUAUACGGAUCGCAAUAUACUCCUGCUGCAAAAUUAAUUUGCCAUGUCAAGUCUUUGUCGAUAGAUGUACCGUACUGUACAGUUAUUAUAUAUAGAUAAAAUAAAAUGUUAAUUAAAAUUU